AUCAUCCUGCAACUUCUGCUUAAAGAAUGGCAAAUGGAACUACCCAAACUUGUUAUCUCUGUACAUGGAGGCAUGCAGAAAUUUGAGCUUCACCCACGAAUCAAACAGUUGCUCGGAAAGGGUCUUAUUAAAGCUGCAGUUACAACCGGAGCCUGGAUUUUAACUGGAGGAGUAAACACAGGUGUGGCAAAACAUGUUGGUGAUGCCCUCAAAGAACAUGCUUCCAGAUCAUCUCGGAAGAUUUGCACUAUUGGAAUAGCUCCAUGGGGAGUGAUAGAAAACAGAAAUGAUCUUGUUGGGAGAGAUGUUGUUGCUCCUUAUCAAACCUUAUUGAACCCCCUGAGCAAAUUGAACGUUCUGAAUAAUCUCCAUUCCCAUUUCAUAUUGGUGGAUGAUGGCACUGUUGGAAAGUAUGGAGCAGAAGUAAGACUGAGAAGAGAACUUGAAAAAACCAUUAAUCAGCAAAGAAUUCAUGCUAGAAUUGGCCAGGGUGUUCCUGUGGUGGCCCUGGUAUUUGAAGGUGGGCCAAACGUUAUCCUCACUGUUUUAGAAUACCUUCAGGAAAGUCCCCCCGUUCCAGUGGUUGUAUGUGAAGGAACAGGCAGAGCUGCAGAUUUGCUAGCAUACAUUCAUAAACAAACAGAAGAAGGAGGGAAUCUUCCUGAUGCAGCAGAGCCUGAUAUUAUUUCAACCAUCAAAAAAACAUUUAACUUUGGCCAGAGUGAAGCAGUUCAUUUAUUUCAAACACUGAUGGAGUGCAUGAAAAAAAAGGAACUUAUCACUGUUUUCCACAUUGGGUCAGAGGAACAUCAAGAUAUAGAUGUAGCAAUACUUACUGCACUGCUGAAAGGUACUAAUGCAUCUGCAUUUGACCAGCUCAUCCUUACACUGGCAUGGGAUAGAGUUGACAUUGCCAAAAAUCAUGUAUUUGUUUAUGGACAGCAAUGGCUGGUUGGAUCCUUGGAACAAGCUAUGCUUGAUGCUCUUGUAAUGGAUAGAGUUGCAUUUGUAAAACUUCUCAUAGAAAAUGGAGUGAGCAUGCAUAAAUUUCUUACUAUUCCCCGACUGGAAGAGCUUUAUAACACUAAACAAGGUCCAACUAAUCCAAUGCUAUUUCAUCUAGUUCGAGAUGUCAAACAGGGAAAUCUUCCUCCAGGAUAUAAGAUCACUCUAAUUGACAUAGGACUUGUUAUUGAAUACCUCAUGGGAGGAACCUACAGAUGUACCUACACUCGGAAACGCUUUCGAGUGAUAUACAAUAGUCUUGGUGGAAGCAAUCGGAGAUCUGGCCGGAAUGCCUCCAGUAGCACCCCUCAGCUGCGAAAGAAUCAAGAGUCUUUUGGCAAUAGAGCUGACAAAAAGGAGAAGACUAGACACAACCAUUUCAUCAAAACAGCACAGCCCUACAGACCAAAGAUUGAUACAGGUGUGGAAGAAGGAAGGAAGAAAAGAACCAAAGAUGAAAUUGUAGAUAUUGAUGAUCCAGAAACCAAGCGUUUCCCUUAUCCACUUAAUGAAUUGUUAAUUUGGGCUUGCCUUAUGAAGAGGCAGGUCAUGGCUCGUUUUUUAUGGCAGCAUGGUGAAGAAUCAAUGGCAAAAGCGUUAGUUGCCUGUAAGAUCUAUCGUUCAAUGGCAUACGAAGCAAAGCAGAGUGACCUGGUAGAUGAUACUUCAGAAGAACUGAAACAGUAUUCCAAUGAUUUUGGUCAACUUGCAGUUGAAUUAUUGGAACAGUCCUUCAGACAAGAUGAAACCAUGGCUAUGAAAUUACUCACUUAUGAACUGAAAAACUGGAGUAAUUCAACCUGCCUUAAGUUAGCAGUUUCUUCAAGACUGAGACCUUUUGUAGCCCACACCUGCACACAAAUGCUGUUGUCUGAUAUGUGGAUGGGAAGGCUGAAUAUGAGGAAAAAUUCCUGGUACAAGGUCAUUUUAAGCAUUUUAGUCCCACCUGCUAUAUUAAUGCUAGAAUAUAAAACCAAGGCUGAAAUGUCCCAUAUCCCACAAUCUCAAGAUGCUCAUCAGAUGACAAUGGAAGAUAGCGAAAACAACUUUCAGAACAUAGCAGAAGAGAUCCCCAUGGAUGUGUUUAAAGAAGUAAGAAUUUUGGACAGUACUGAAGGAAAGAAUGAAAUGGAGAUCCAUAUAAAAUCAAAAAAGCUUCCAAUCACACGAAAGUUUUAUGCCUUUUAUCAUGCACCAAUCGUAAAGUUCUGGUUUAACACGUUGGCAUAUUUAGGAUUUCUGAUGCUUUAUACAUUUGUAGUUCUUGUACAAAUGGAACGAUUACCUUCAGUUCAAGAAUGGAUUGUUAUUGCUUAUAUUUUUACCUAUGCCAUUGAAAAAGUCCGUGAGAUCUUUAUGUCUGAAGCUGGGAAAAUAAGCCAGAAGAUUAAAGUAUGGUUUAGUGAUUACUUCAAUAUCAGUGAUACAAUUGCCAUAAUUACUUUCUUCAUUGGAUUUGGACUAAGAUUUGGAGCAAAAUGGAACUUUGAGAAUGCAUAUGAUAAUCAUCUUUUUGUGGCUGGAAGAUUAAUUUAUUGUCUUAACAUAAUAUUUUGGUAUGUGCGUUUGCUAGAUUUUCUAGCUGUAAAUCAACAAGCAGGACCUUAUGUAAUGAUGAUUGGAAAAAUGGUGGCCAAUAUGUUCUACAUUGUAGUGAUUAUGGCUCUAGUAUUACUUAGUUUUGGUGUUCCCAGAAAGGCAAUACUUUAUCCUCAUGAAGCACCAUCUUGGACUCUUGCUAAAGAUAUAGUUUUUCAUCCAUACUGGAUGAUUUUUGGUGAAGUUUAUGCGUAUGAAAUUGAUGUGUGUGCGAACGAUUCGGUUAUCUCUCAAAUCUGUGGUCCUGGGACAUGGUUGACUCCAUUUCUUCAAGCAGUCUACCUCUUUGUACAGUAUAUCAUUAUGGUUAAUCUUCUUAUCGCAUUUUUCAAUAAUGUAUAUUUACAAGUGAAGGCAAUCUCCAAUAUUGUAUGGAAGUACCAGCGUUAUCAUUUUAUUAUGGCUUAUCAUGAGAAACCAGUUCUGCCCCCUCCACUUAUCAUUCUUAGCCAUGUAGUUUCUUUGUUUUGCUGUGUAUGUAAAAGACGAAAGAAAGAUAAGACUUCUGAUGGACCAAAACUUUUCUUAACAGAGGAAGAUCAGAAGAAGCUUCAUGAUUUUGAAGAGCAAUGUGUUGAAAUGUAUUUUAAUGAAAAAGAUGACAAAUUCCAUUCUGGGAGUGAAGAGAGAAUACGUGUCACUUUUGAAAGAGUGGAACAGAUGUGCAUUCAGAUUAAAGAAGUUGGAGAUCGUGUCAACUACAUAAAAAGAUCGUUACAGUCAUUAGAUUCUCAAAUUGGACAUCUGCAAGAUCUUUCAGCCUUGACAGUGGAUACAUUAAAAACACUCACUGCCCAGAAAGCUUCAGAAGCCAGCAAAGUUCACAAUGAGAUCACAAGAGAAUUGAGUAUUUCCAAACACUUGGCUCAAAACCUUAUUGAUGAUGGUCCUGUAAGACCUUCUAUAUGGAAAAAGCACAGUGUUGUAAAUACAUUGAGCUCCUCUCUUCCUCAAGGUGAUCUCGAAAGUAAUAAUCCUUUUCUUUGUAAUGUGUUUAUGAAAGAUGAAAAAGAUCCACAAUAUAACAUAUUUGGUCAAGAUUUGCCUGUAAUACCCCAGAGAAAAGAAUUCAGUUUUCCAGAGGCUGGUUCCUCUUGUGGUGCCUUAUUCCCAAGUGCUAUUUCUCCUCCAGAACUGCGACAGAGACGACAUGGGGUGGAAAUCUUAAAAAUUUUUAAUAAAAAUCAAAAAUUAGGCAGUUCACCUAAUAGCACACCACAUCUAUCAUCCCCACCAACCAAAUUUUCUGUUAGUACCCCAUCCCAGCCAAGUUGCAAAAACCUCUUGGAAACUGUAACCAAAGAUCAAGAAAGUAUGUGCUCUAAACCUGCAGAAGGAGAUAAUAUAGAAUUUGGAGCAUUUGUAGGACACAGAGAUAGUAUGGAUUUACAGAGGUUUAGAGAAACAUCAAACAAAAUAAAAGAACUGUUAUCCAAGGAUAUUCCUGAAAACACUUUGAAGCACAUGAGUUCUCAUGCUGGAUUUACUGAGUGUCACAAGACUUCCAUUUCUCUUCAUUCAAAACAAGAAGAAAGUAGAACUCAAUCUACAGAAGACACUCCUGAAGUAGAUUCCAAAGCAGCUUUACUACCGGACUGGUUACAAGAUAGACCAUCAAAUAGAGAAAUCCCAUCUGAAGAAGGAACAUUAAAUGGUCUUGCUUCUCCAUUUAAGCCAGUUAUGGAUACAAAUUACUAUUAUUCAGCUGUGGAAAGAAAUAACUUGAUGAGGUUAUCACAGAGCAUUCCAUUCACACCUGUGCCUCCAAGAGGUGAGCCUGUCACAGUGUACCGUCUGGAAGAGAGUUCACCCAGCAUACUAAAUAACAGCAUGUCUUCUUGGUCACAGCUAGGCCUCUGUGCCAAAAUAGAGUUUUUAAGUAAAGAGGAGAUGGGAGGAGGUUUACGAAGAGCUGUCAAAGUACAGUGUACCUGGUCAGAGCAUGAUAUCCUCAAAUCAGGGCAUCUUUACAUUAUCAAGUCUUUUCUUCCUGAGGUGGUUAACACAUGGUCAAGUAUUUAUAAGGAAGAUACAGUUCUGCAUCUCUGUCUCAGAGAAAUUCAACAACAGAGAGCAGCACAAAAGCUCACAUUUGCCUUCAAUCAAAUGAAACCCAAAUCCAUACCAUAUUCCCCAAGGUUCCUUGAAGUUUUCCUGCUGUAUUGCCAUUCAGCAGGACAGUGGUUUGCUGUGGAAGAAUGUAUGACUGGAGAAUUUAGGAAGUACAACAAUAAUAAUGGUGAUGAGAUUAUUCCAACUAAUACGCUGGAGGAGAUCAUGCUAGCCUCUUUAGCCACUGGACUUAUGAAUACACCAGAGGGGAAUUACUGGUACUUGAUUUACAAG